AUGGGUCCUCUCACUGCAAUCAUUUGCCUGGCUGCUUUGAUACACCAAACUGAUGGACAGGUAGGACCUGUCCUAUCGAACGGACUGGUUCCAGGAAGGGUGCUUCCUGGCAACCGAGUGAACCAGAACUUCCCUUUUAACAUUGGAUACCCACGAGGGAAACCCCGUAACCAAAACCUGCCAAAAUACAAUGGUAAUCGGAUAAAAACCAAAAAAGUGGUUCAACAAGAUCUUGUUGCUCUCAAAAACAAGCAGAUGAUCCUUCAGGAACACAAUGAAAUACGAAGGUCUGUAGUUCCAACAGCUAGGAACAUGCUGAAGAUGGUGUGGAACGAGAAAGCUGCCAAAAAUGCUCUGAAAUGGGCAAACACAUGUGAAAUGCAAAUCAGCCCAGUGCAGAACAGAGUUGUUAAUGGUAUCACCUGCGGUGAGAAUAUCUUGCAGUCAUCUCAACCAAAAACAUGGGCUGAAGCAAUCAAAGUCUGGCACAGUCAGGCCGCCAAUUUCAAGUACGGUUUUGGAGCGACUACGAAGAGCGCCAACGUCAAGAACUACGCUCAGCUAGUGUGGUACAACAGCUACCAGGUUGGGUGUGCAGUUGCCUACUGCCCAAGGAACCAGUACAACUACUUCUAUGUUUGCCACUACUGUCCUCCAGGGAAUAACAUCAUGCAAGUGGCUGCACCUUACAAGAAAGGACCCAGAUGUGCAGACUGUCCCGGCCACUGUGAGAGAGGGCUUUGCACCAAUCCUUGCAGACAUCGAGAUGCAUUUCCAAACUGCAGAAAUAUGGAAAGCUUGUUUGGCUGUAAACAUUCAGUGGUGAAAAAGAAGUGUCCUGCCACCUGUAAGUGCACCACUCAGAUUGUAUAA